CGCCGCCUCCUCCUCAACGCCAUGAAGCAGAUCUGCCUCUGUGCCGCUGCCUCCUUCGCGAGCCAGGACUGGACCAAGAACGAUGAGAAGCUCCUGCAAGCUGUGGACUACAAUGAUGCCGGGAGGGUGACAUCUCUCCUCGUCCGCAAGGGCCUGGUGCCCACUAAGCUGGACUCGGAGGGCAAAUCCGCGUUCCACCUGGCCGCCAUGCGGGGGAACGUGGAUUGUCUGGAAGCCAUGCUGGCUCACGGCGUGGAUGCCAUGACCAAGGAUAGCUCGGGUUACACUGCCCUGCACUUGGCAUCCAAGCAUGGCCACCCACAGUGCGUCAGCAAGCUGUUGCAGGCCUCCUGCCCUGUGGAUGUGGCUGAUGGCAGUGGCCGAACAGCACUGCACCACGCAGCGGUCAGCGGCUGCAUCUCGUGCUCGGAGAUCCUCUGUGAUUUCAAGGCUCCCUUGAACAUCAAGGACAAGGAUGGCUCCACGCCGCUGAUCCUUGCCGCCAAGAUGAGCCACUCAGAGCUGUGCCGGUACCUGCUGCACCGUGGUGCGGCUGUCAACAGCCGGGACCUGCAGGGGAGGACAGCCUUGAUGCUGGCCUGCGAGAACGGCAGCGUGGAGACGGUGGAAGUGCUCGUCAACGCCGGUGCCCGGGUGGCUGUGGUGGACUCCACAGGUCACGAUGCUGCGCACUACAGCCUGGCCACGGGCAACGCUCUCAUCCAGCACUUCCUGCAAGAGGCUGCUCAGCGUCGGUCCUGGGCCAGCGAAGAGGAGUCAACCGAGCAGACGUCCCAGACGUCUUCACCCAGCCAGUCAUCCGUCAGGGAGAAGAACAGCACCCCGAGGAAGAGGAAAGCCCCUCUGCCUCCCCUGGGCACCCUCAGCCAGGAGGACCGGGAUGCCUACGAGGAGAUUGUACGGCUGCGGCAGGAGCGGGCUCAGUUCUUGCAGAAGAUCCGGGGCUUGGAGCAGCAGGAGAAGCAGAGACGGGAGCGGGCAGAGCUGGACGAGGGCUCCCUGCGCUCCAUGGAGAAGCAGAUCCAGGAACUGGAGGAGCGGCUAGCAGCGCGGGAUGGUGAGAAGGAGCAGCUGGGCAAGGAGGUGGAGGCUCUGCAGAGCCGCUUGUCCUCACUGGAGAAUGAGAAGGAGAACACAAGCUAUGACAUCGAGACACUGCAGGAUGAGGAGGGAGACCCGCUUGAGUUCCCAGGGGCAGAGCUGCUGCUCUCCAAGAAGACACUGAGCCCCUCGGCUGAGGAGCUGCUGGCCACGCUGCAAGGGCAGGUGCAAUCCCUCACCGUGCAGAACAAGGAGCUGAGGGAAAAAAUACAGGUGUUGGAGAACUACGAGCGGGACGAGAGCAACCCGUCCACCCCGGGGGACUUCGUGCCUGCCAGCCUCUACAACGCUCUCCAACGCGAGCUGCAGCAGUUGCGGGCGCAGCGCUUAGAGCCGCCGCGGGGCACGGGUGCCAGGGACGAGGCCGGUGGGCAGCCGGAGAGGCAGACCGGUGCCUUGGAGCAAGCCCCAGAGCAAAUUGGGGAGGGAAGUGUGGCGCAGCAGCUCACUGAGGAGCCAGCCUGGACCUGGGGCGAGUGCAAGGCGGCACUGGGCGAGCUGCGGGUGCCGCACGCGCAGACCUCCUCCUCUGCGGCCGAGCGGGAGGCUGGCACUGAGCUGGCAGAGGCCCGGGCAGCCCUGCGGCAGGCGCAGGCAGCACUGGAGGAGCGGGAGCAGCAGGUGAAGGAGCUGCAGGCCCGUUUGGAGGCUGGCACGGAGGCUGUGGAAGCGACGGCCUCCCUGGGGGCUUCCCUGGAGGAGGCGUCGAGGGAGAAGGAGGCCUUGUUGGAGCGCUGCGGCCGGGCGGAGGCGGAGGCAGAGGCCCUGCGGCGGGAGCUGGAGGCCAAGGCGCGGGACUGGCGGGCAGUGGGUGGCCCCGAGCCAGAGCCGGGGGUGCUGGAGCGACGGGUGGCGGAGCUGGUGCAGCAGCAUGAGGAGGUGACGGCCCAGCUAGGGCAGCUGCGAGAGACGCUGGGUCGCAGGGAGGCCGAGCUGGGCACCCUGCGGGAGCAGCUGGCCGCCCGGCCGGUGGGGCGGCGGGAGCACGAGGAGGCCCUGGCGCGGCUGCGGCAGGCACAGGCGCUGAGGGAGCGGGCGGCCCAGCUAGAGGCAGCGGCGGAGACCAAGGGGCGCGAGGCUGCCCGGCUGGAGGCCGAGCUGGCGGUGGCGGUGCCACGGGGAGAGCACGAGGCGGCGCAGGCAGGUCUGCAGGCCGAGGCGGCGGCGUUGGCCCAGCGGCUGGACGAGCUCUCACGGCGGCACGAGAAGACGUGCGAGGAGGUGUUCCGGGUGCAGCGGCAGGCGCUCUUCAUGAAGAGCGAGCGGCAGGCGGCAGAGGAGCGUCUGGCCGCCGCGCAGAAGCAGCUGGCGGAGGCGCAGGACGAGGCGCGGCGGCUUCAGGAGCUCCACGGCCACGCCGAGGACUCAGCCCGGCUGGUCAGGGACAGGGACAGGAAGAUCACUGAGCUCUCUAAGGAGGUCUUCAGGCUGAAGGAAGCCCUGAACGCCCUCCCCGAGUCACGGGGAUCGCCGCAGUCACCCCCCGACACUGCCGCGCUCCAGGCCAGGAUCCGAGCGCUGGAGGAGAAACUCGCAGAGACAGAAAUGCGGCACAGCAAGGUGGUGACGCUGUACCGGAGCCACCUGCUCUAUGCAGUGCAGUCCCCUCCACCCCAGGGCCACAUGGACGAGGACGUGCAGAGGCUCCUGUGCCAGAUCCUGAGGAUGCAGCGGCUGCAGGAGCAGGGCAGAUGA